CGACCCAAACGCGGCUUUUGCGACCCCGCUCGUAGAGGCAGCACAGCAGGCGGAUCCCCGCCCUCUGAUGCCGGGCCGCUCUCGUUACGCAGCGCUCACACCACGCUUCCACACCCACCCUCCCAACGCAUCGGUUGCCGUUGGCCGCUCCGGUUCCAGCGCCCGCAGCCCCUGAGCGCGUCCCUCCGCCCAACGGCCCCGGAGCCGCGCGACCUUCGGCAUGUGACCUCCACCGCUGGACGGACAGCUGCGCGAGCCGCCCGCCCUCCCAUUGGUCGGUUCCGCGCGUUGCCGGCGGCUGAUUGGCGGAGGGAGAGGAGCGGGAAGAUGGCGGCGCUGGGCUCUCCGCUGCGGACGCUCCGUGAGCUGCUCCGCGAGCUGCGGCACAUCAGCGGACGCGCCUACCGCGACACGGCCGCGUACCGGCACGUCCUCAACGCCUUCCGCGCUCACCGGGUGACCAGCGAGAAGCUGUGCCGGGCCCAGCAGGAGCUGCACUUCCAGGCCGCCACCUACCUGUGCUUGCUGCGCAGCGUGCGGCAGCACCAGGCCCUGCACCGCGAGUACCACGGCCGCGGGGAGCGCUCCCCAGAGGAGGUGGCGGGGCUGGUGGGAUUCAGGCUGCCCCGGCAGCCGGGGGGGAAGGGCUGAGCCCGUCCCGGGCCGCCCGCUGCUCGGCCACGAAUAAACGCCCUCGGCUCUGGAGCUGCA